AUGCUAUCUCCAUCCUCGUUGGCGCGUCCACGAGAGGCUCCCCCUGUGAGACCGUCUCGUUCGUUAGAAGGAUUGGAACAAGUCAUCCCUCCUCGAAUCCCUCAGCCGCUGUCUGUUCGCCCAACCUUGCUUUUAGAUAAAGCGCUCCCCGAGCUGCCUGCCAAACCCCUACCAGAGGACCCUUCCAUCAUGGAUGCAGGCUCAACCGCCUGGAGCGACGACAGCAGCAUGAGGUCGAGUUACUAUGGCAGCCGACGCUUUUCCGAAGUGUCCACCACCGAGAGUUACCCCGUUUUUGUUCGCUCAGGGUCCGAUGAUCUGACUGGACUAGUCGAUCAUCCUCCCGCAUCCGCCCCCAGUGAUCACUAUCGAGACUCCAAAUCGCUGGCCAUCACCGCCACUUUCUUGCACGAUGACCAUGUCGACCGACCAGCCCCUUGGACAGUCACACGCGCAGGUCCGAAUCAUUAUUUCCGGGAGAAGAAGUGGGAUUUCUUCCCCGAGCUUGCCCCUCAAUCAGCCCUACCCGCCUGCUCCGCCAACCCUGCUGUUGCCUCUCGCAAGAAGAGCGCUAGUAAAUUGAACCUCGCGGUCUUCGACUUUACCAAGCCUUGCGGUCGCUGGAGCUCACGCGACAAAGGAGGACGAGCCCUUGCGCAUGACGUUCGAGACUCGAUUCGAUCUUACGUUCAGCGCCGUCUGUCCAAACAUUCGGUGAACCGGGACACUGCUCGGCCCGACUCACGGCCAGACUCACGACCGGACUUGCGCUGCGACACAGUAGCUUCCAACUAUACGCGCAAUCGAACGCCAUCGCUAGAAUGGUCGCUGUCGAAAGAACGCACCGAUGUCGUGAGCCCUCUGAUGCCGCCUAGCCCGGUAGAGUCUCCCGUCUCGGUGAAGCGACUAUCCAGCGCCUCGUCACGAUCGACUACCUGCUCAAGGGUGACACGCCCACCGCCGCUUACUCUACGAAAGAAGCAGCUCGCGCUUUCACUCAGCCCUUAUCAGAAGCAAGGGCCGUCCAUCUGGGAGAAGCCCGGUCGGGAGAAGCGCAUCAGCUAUCGGCAAAACCGUCCGGUGCGGUUUCCGAAGUAUGGAAAGAGGGGCCCGCCGACACCCAAAGGAUUCGUCACCUCGGCCACGCCUCCUCUGACCCCCCCAGCGUGCUCCCAGAUCCAGCAGAAUACUCGGGACUACGUCAAGGCAUUUCACCAUGGCACUUCGCAUCUUUGGGGUGCUCUUGGCGGGGCCCGAAAGAAGAUCGCUGGGAGCAAACUCGAGCGCCGUCACUCGCAGCUGAAGUCACAAAUCCGACUCAUUGGCCCGGUUAGUCCCUACAACACCCAAGGACAGACUGAUCCAUGGGUAUAA